AUGCAAAAACGCACAGGACCCUACGAGCCCCCGAAGUUGAAGCCAUUCCAGGGAGCAGGAGCACGUCUUGGAGCCGUAGUACCGCAAAUUGUGUCGUCCGCACCAGCACCAUCUUCUUCUGCGAGCGCAGAUUCUGUGGACAACAUUGCGAAAGCACAAGCGGAAUUGAAUGUAGAUGAGAAUUCUCCUGUUACUCAGGUAUCUUUAUGA